UCUCCGUUCGGGUCGGGGGUAACAAAGAUGGCGGCUGAGGAGCAGGAUGGGGAGCUGGAAAGGUACCGGACAUCCACGGCUUUCCUCCGCUGCCGGCCGGGCUGAGCUGCCGCCGGCUACAAGCCCUGCCCGGGUCCGCCAGAAGCAGCUCCGGUGUCAAAGAGAAGGCCAGGAUGCGCUUGAGGGAGUUCGAUGUGAGGGACAGGUUCUCCCACUUGCCGCUGGCCAGAGCCUCUGUCCUCCUUCCGCUGAUGGUGAGGGCGGGGAAGCUGCACCUGCUGCUCACGGUGCGUUCCAUGCAGCUGAGAAGAUCACCAGGGGAAGUGUGUUUUCCAGGAGGUAAAAGUGAUGCAACUGAUAAAGAUGAAAUUGAUACUGCUCUUCGAGAAGCUAAGGAAGAAGUGGGACUCCAGCCAGAGAAGGUGGAAGUCAUCUGUAGGCUUGUGCCUGGAAUUGAUAAAAUGAAUUACUUGGUAACACCAGUUGUAGGAUUUAUAGAGGAUACGUUCCAGCCCUCUCCUAAUCCUGAUGAAGUGAGCAAUGUUUUUGUUAUACCACUGGAAUACUUUAUCAAGCCCUUAAAUUACCAGACUGUGCCUUAUAAAACCUCAUCUGGUUACCACGGUCGGAUGCACUCCUUUACAUAUGAUGAUCCGGAACAUAAAAUGUCAUUCAGGAUAUGGGGACUUACUGCCCACUUUGCUGUAUUUCUUGCUCUUGUAAUUUUUAGAAGGAGACCUACCUUUGAAGUUGAUUAUGAUCUGGACAACUUAACUUCAUCAUCUGAGAAUUACUUCAUGAAUUUAUACACAUCUGUGUAUGAAAGAAAGAAGAGUAAUAUAUAACAAAUUAGUCUGGCAAUUAAUUUCUGUUAAAGAAGGAAAAAAGGUUUUGUUUAUUCCCUUUAUACCAGUUCUUAGUUUGCAUUUCCUCUGAAUUAGGAACUGAUUGAAAAUUAUUUUUACAUAACAUCUUAAGUUGACAAUCCCUAGCUAGAUUAAUACAACUAUUAAUUUGGUUUACAGCUGCCAAAAACAUGGGGUUUUUUUAAUGGACUUAAUAGACAGUUUUGGAAGUUAUGUUUCACUUUCUGCCUUUAUUUUAUGGGACCUAAGACACUUUCUGUGGUUUGCCUUCUGUAUAAUGAGGUAAUACUAUUUUAUCUAUUUUUUGUGUUUUUGAAUUAGAAUAUGAAGACUUUUAGAGGUUUAUCUGUGGCAUGCUACAUAUGAAAACAAUGCACAGUCUUGUGUGGUAUCUUUAAGCACUUACAAAACACAAUAAAAAUCUAAAAGGUGGCA